GAUACAUCACAUAUCACAUGUUCGAUUUGUGAAUUUUAUACUUGAACUUCAUAUUUUCUCAUGUCCUGAUCACAUUUAGAUCGCACGUGGCCAUUAAGACUAAGACUCAUAUUUUCUCAUUAGCUUCCUACGUUUUCUCUUGAUAAAAGUUUUCUUCUGAUAAAAAUAAACUCAUUAAUACAAAGAAAAUACAAAUUUAAGAAAAAUGGCAGAAUUUGUAGAAAAACGAUGUCAGGAUAUGAUACCUGAGUUGGAGCAAAUGGAAAGGAUCAAACUUUUUGACAAGAAUGAAAUUCGAAAUAUUGCUAAAAAACUCAAGGAAUAUGAAUAUAAGAUUCAACGACACACAAAGUGUAAGGAAGAUUAUCUUGGUUACAUACAAUAUGAAAUGAAUCUUUUAAAACUGAUUAAACAACGUAGAGAUAAAUAUGGUAUUACUCAAAAGAAAUCAGACGUUGAUUUUGCUAUAACUAAUAAAAUGAAUAAUUUGUACAAAGAUACAAUAUCUAAAUUCCCAGGCGACAUUAGAUUUUGGGUUGCUUAUAUGAAAUUUUGUAAACAUGUGCAUUCUUACAGUAAUAUCAACCAGAUAUUAAGUAGAAUGAUGCAAAUGCACAGAGAUAAGCCAAAAUGCUGGCUCAUAGCGGCACGUUGGGAAUUGGAAGAGAACAAAAAUAAACAAAACGCUCGGCAAUAUCUUCUUAGAGGAUUACAAAUCCAUUCUGAUUCUCAGUUACUGUACAUUGAUGCUUUUAAACUGGAACUGGAGAAUCACUUAGCUAUAACUUCUAAUAACACUGAAAACACCGAGAAUCAAGAAGAUAAUUUGGCAUUGACAAUGGAGAAUGACAAUGAGAUACCAUUCUCACUGAAAACCGCAUACUUUGUAUAUCAACAGGCUUUCGAGCGCAUGAAGAAUAUUAAAUUUAUAAUAGAGUUGCUUAACAUUGCAAAGGAAUACAAUGGCACAGAAAAAUUACAAAAGAAAAUUAUUUGCGAUAUGAUUCGAGAAUAUGCCCAUGAACCUUUAAUGUGGGAUACAAUGGCACGUCGUGAAUUACAAGGUCUAAUUCAACCAGAUCUUAAUGAGAUACCAAUGGAAAUCGAAAAUUCCGAACAAACUUCCCUGAGAGAUCGCAUCACGUCAUGCAAUAAGGUUUACCAAACUGCUGUAAAGAAAAUCAGAACCGAAGAGAUGUGGUCAUUAUACAUAGAAUGUUUACUGGAGAUCAAUGAUGAUGUGCAAUCGAAAUUGCGAAAUUUCAAGAGAAAACUCUUGAAAACUGCUUUAAUGCAAGCUCAUAAGGCGAAAAAGUUAAGGGAAAAAUAUUAUUUACAUUGGAUCAAGAUGUUAAAUGCCGAUAAGGAGCGUGAUGAGAGCGCGCGGAAAAAGUUUUACGAAGUACUGCGAGGAGCGACUGAUGCAAUACCAAGCAGCGUUGGUCUUUGGCAUGCGCGAAUCAAUCAUUUGUUGCAAUCUGGCCAGGAGGAAGAAGCAGACUCUAUAUUUCCCAAGAUGACGGAAAUUCUAAACGAAAAAGCAUUACCUUUAUGGAGAAUGCGGAUUUUACACGGUCAAAUAAAAAGCUCAAAGGAGGCCGAAGAGAGUUUUCGAGCGGCUUUAAAGGUGCAUCCGUUAAUCGCCAGAGACAUCAGGCCCAUAUGGCUCGAAUGGCUUGUCCUAACGAAAGGCAUCCGUGCAGCUCGCGAAGAAUACGAGAAGCUCCUCCUACAACCUCCCACUUCAUUGGAAUUUCAUAAAAAAAUGGCUACAUUAGAAUACAUACAGCCGAAAAUUUCGCUAAAGCACGCACGGCGUCCUUACGAAGUGAUGAUGCAACAUUUCGGAACGAACAAUACGUCUGUCUGGAUGGAUUAUAUUAACUUUGAAAUGAAGCACGGAGAUCCAAAAAAAGUUGGGAAGAUAUAUGAGAGAGCAGUUAAGAUGUUGGAUCGCAAUUUAACGUAUUCUUUUAUUGAAGAUUAUAGUUUGAUGAAAGCUAAAUUCGAUUCCAUAAAAUGAUAAAAUGUAAGUAUACUAUAUAUAGAUAUAUCAUAUGCAUAUAUACCAUGUACUGUAGCAUAUUACUAAAAUUAUGUCUGCACUAGUUUGCAUUAUUUCUAAUUAAUUGAUAUCACGUUUAUGUUAUAAUAUCAUUUAAGCAAAUAUUUAAUAUAUCAACCUCACAUCAUA